CAGCCCUACACUUUGCCCUGCCAACAAUUUUUUUGAUUGUAAAGAUUUAUAAUUAAAAACUGUUUUUCAACAUUACGCUUAAUUCCAACUCGUCCAAGACGUUCAACUUACAAGAAAUAAGCAUAUUGCUAAAGAGGUUGUCGACAAGUUUACCUUCGUGGCAAGUGAACGGCAACAAUAACUGCAUGGCAAUGGAAUUUUUGUUCGGUUCACGUUCAAGCAAAACCUUCAAACCGAAAAAGAACAUACCGGAGGGCACACAUCAGUAUGAUCUCAUGAAGCAUGCAGCCGCCACACUUGGCUCUGGGAACUUGCGAAACGCUGUCGCUCUGCCCGAUGGCGAAGAUCUCAACGAAUGGGUGGCCGUCAACACCGUGGAUUUCUUUAAUCAGAUUAAUAUGCUCUAUGGCACAAUAACAGAGUUUUGUACGGAGGAGAGCUGUGGCAUUAUGUCGGCUGGUCCGAAAUACGAAUACCAUUGGGCGGAUGGUUUAACAGUUAAGAAGCCCAUUAAAUGCAGCGCACCCAAGUAUAUUGAUUAUCUAAUGACCUGGGUACAGGAUCAGCUGGACGAUGAAACAUUGUUCCCAUCCAAAAUUGGUGUACCAUUCCCAAAGAAUUUUCUUGCCUCCGCAAAAACUAUACUGAAGCGUCUGUUUCGCGUUUAUGCUCACAUCUAUCAUCAGCAUUUCUCCGAGGUGGUGACGCUGGGCGAGGAGGCUCAUUUGAAUACGUCCUUUAAGCAUUUUAUAUUCUUUGUGCAAGAGUUCAAUCUGAUUGAACGACGCGAGUUGGCGCCACUCCAAGAGCUCAUCGAUAAAUUGACGGCAAAGGAUGAACGGCAAAUAUAGGAAUCACUGCAAUUGGUGGACAGUGGUGGCAAUAGCGGCAGCUUGCAAUUGGACUUGUGAUGGGCGGGCGCGACUGCGCUUUACUUUCAAUUGCACUCUGUCGCUAUUUAUAAUACGCUUUAGUUAGUUACCGCCUUUCCUUUUCUCGUUUAUAGCUUUUAAGUUUUGUUCAGUGCUUCAUGUGGUCCCACUAAAACUGUUCGGUAGUGCGCUGUUUGGUGAUGAUAAUGAAUUGAUGACCAACAUCUACUAUAUAUUUUUAUAUGUGACACGUACUUUUAAGAUAUAAAACAUAUUUAUAUUUAUAUAUGUAUGUAUAUUAAAAAGCAAAAACAACAGCACGCAUUGAUACACUAACAAAUCCCGCUUAUAAAAAACAUUCUGUUCACAAACUGUGCGAAAUUAACUUGUUUAUGUUCUUUUGUAUGUAUGUACGUAUUUAUUAUUAAUAUCGAUAAACGGAUGAGAAGUCUUUUGCAAUGCAAACCCUUAACAUGAGACGGCACUCGAUGGCCCCAUUAAAUGAUAAUAAUUAUAGACUUGAUAAACAUUUUUGAUAUACUAUUUUAUACUAAUAAAGAAAUCGAGAAUA